CGGAUAUCUGGGUGUGUUGUUUUUAUGGUUGUUGUGUUUUUUUUGACGGGUUACUUGGAGCCGAAAAGUUUAUCCAAACGAUGUACUGUUAAUGAUACCACGUGAACAAAAAAUAAAAUUGUGCGUUCUUUUUUUAAAACUGGAAAAUUUUAAAUCACUGCUAUUUAGAGAAUGUUGGUACUAGAUCGACGACAGGUCGCUGGAUUAGUCUCCCUUGUGUGUUUAAUCUCCCUUGGCGUGAAUAUUUUCUUCAUCAGCUCAUUCCAAGGGACAAAAUUCUCAACUCUAGAAAAUUUAGUUUGGAAGAAAAGCAUUCUACAUACUCCAGCGGUGCCUCCAUUUUCGAGAUUUCAUUUUGGUGAUGGCGUUAUAAAUGAAGAGGAACCGGUAACAGACUUAACAUUAGCAUCGAAAACCGCGGCAAAACAACUAACACUAUCAGACGAUAAAAAUAAUAAUAGAAAUGGCGACAAUGUUACGCAACACCGGGAAGCAAAUCCACUUGUAAAUAAGUUGCAACUUACAAAAUCAAAUUUAUCUGAAAAUAGUUCUGUGAACAAAACAGUAUUAAAAAAUGAACACACGAGUGAGAUUAACACAAACAUGAACAAGAAUGAGACGAAGAAAGGGCCAGCCCAAAGACUUGCCGAGACUUUAGAAAAACGGUUCAAGGAGGAAGAACAGAACGAUAUCCUCCGUAUUGAUCUACCUACUGAUACUGAGCAGUUGAAUGAUAGCCUAUUGUGUCCAAGCAAGCCACCAGGCCUGCUUGGUCUUCUAGGAGGUUUCAGUGAGUUCGUCAAACCAGAAACUCUACAGAACUACUACCCCGAUAUGUACGCUGGUCGUAUGAGACCCGCCAGCUGCCUGCCCCGGGAGCGUCUGGCCAUCAUAUUACCCUACAGGAACCGUUACGAACAUCUGCACAUUGUACUCAACAACCUCCUGCCGUUUUUAGCACGCCAGCAGGCGGAUGUGACGUUUUUUGUUAUAGAACAGGCAUCCAACUCAACGUUCAACAGAGGUGCCCUGUUAAACAUCGGAUUCCUUGAGGCUGAGAAAAUCUCCAGCUUCGACUGUUACAUCUUUCACGACGUCGACCUCGUGCCGUUAAACGACAACAACCUGUACAGGUGCGGCCCCCAGCCUCGGCACUAUGCCGUGGCCAUCAACAAGUACGGCUACAAGCUGUUGUACUCCGGCUACUUUGGGGGCGUGGUCGGGUUCUCCAAGGCACAGUACCUGGCCAUCAACGGCAACUCCAACCUGUAUGUGGGCUGGGGAGGGGAGGACGAUGACCUUUUGCUCAGGGUGAAAAACAAAAACAUGACGGCAGUGAGAUACGAGAACAACAUAGCCCGCUACGACAUGAUCAAACAUACACGGGACUCCGGGAACGAGCUCAAUCCAAUAAGGUCUGUCUUACUGAGGAGCGCCAAACAGCGCCAAGAUAUAGAGGGACUUAACUCCGUCAAAUACACUGUCAAGAGCAUCAGGGCCUACAGCCUUUACACAUGGAUCACGGUGGCGUUAGACACUACACAGAUGCUUAAGACGGGUCCUAUCUAUACUUUACAAGACAUCAGCAUAGCCAAACUUAGGUGGGCGAAGGAAAAGCAAGAAAAACUGGCCAUAGCCAAUGCCGAGAAAUUGGCUGCCGAACGCAACAAAAAUCUGGCAGGAAAAAACAGUACGGACGUCCUAGAAAGUAACCCUGACAUUACUAAAAUAAACCAAGGAAAUUCAAAUCAGACCAAAACAUCAAACACAAAUUCACCACAGCCUGUUUUACAAAAGACCUGAGGAUCUGUUGUUAUUUUACGCAAUUUGUUUGAAAUGAAUCUCUUUUUAAUAUUUUAACCUGUGAUCAUAAUGUAUAUCCAGUAGUGGUCUAGCUACGAUGUUACGGGCUUGUGGAUUGGCUCAAGGUUCUGCCUCUUUACAAGCUUUUAUUUAAUUCGCAACGUCUGUUUGUGGGUUUGUGGCAAAUCUAGUAGCUCAAUUUUGACCAACUUUUAAUGCAGUGAUUUCGUUCAAAUUUUCAAGAUACCUUCGUCUUUGAUGACAAUGCAUGAAUAUUUAUUUUCGAAUUUUAUUAUAUGUUAAAUUAGUCAUUAAAAAUAAAGUAAGCGGUUACAAAACUAAGGGGACAUAACAAGAUUGAAUGCUAGAGAUCACUCGUUGGAUUACUAUAUUCAAUUACAAAACCAAUCACCCAACUUGAAGUCACGUGCCAUAAAAGCUGUUCGCUCAUGCUGUAUUCAAUAUUGUGUUCCAAGUCUCCGUAGAGUUUUGACAAAAAUUCGUAUCGGCUGAAGCCAAAAAAAAAACAACAAUAAACAGGGACGGAGUGGUCUAGCGGUAGAGAGCUGGACUGCUAACCCGUAAGUCUCGAGUUCGAAUCCGGGUUCAAGUCAGUAGACCUCCCUGAGUCCACCCAACCCUGAUAGGUACCUAACUCACGUUAGGGAAAGUAAAGGCGGUUGGGCAUAGUGCUGACCACACUAUCUCUUCAUAUGCCGAGGUCAAAGAAACAAGUGAACUCUACUUCACUUACCCCAUAGACCGUCAGGUUUGAAAGGGAAACUUUACUUUUAUUAUAGAUAAACAAAUAUUAUGUUUUUUUUUUAAAUUAUAAUCUUAUAGUGAAUCAGCGUGGUCGGGUCGGUAAAGCUCAGCGUAACUAAAUCGUGAAAGUCCCGGGCAGAUGAGGCUGUAUAGCUGGGAAAAACAACCAAUGUAAGAGAGACCACUCCAAAAUAAAAAUAAAAAUAAAAACUCCUUCCUCGUAGUUUGUUCUUGGUUGGACAAAAACUAACGAAGUAAAUCCAAAAAGAAAAGCAGGCUAAAAUUGGAUUCAUCGGCCUAUAAGGGGCAUAAUAAGUUGACACGUAAUACUUAAUUGUGUUGCAUUGAAAACCCCUUCCAACAUUACAAUUAAGGAAGAAAAAAAAAAGGUUUUAAAUGAACUGAAAAAAGGAUUUUUUUUUUCUUUCUUAAAAAGCAUUGGUUGCCAAAAUAUGUAUGAAAUUUCAUAAGCGAACAAUAUUUUAAGAACGGAAUGAUUGGAUCAAAAAGAGGGUUAAAAUUGCCACAAAACCACAAAUAAACAACGUGAACUUAAAAAUAGCCAAUAAAAACUCAAACAUAAAGAGUUAUAAAAGCUGUUUUAAGCUUUUAAAACACACCAAAUCUGUCACAGCAUAUGACAAGUUUGAGGUCUAAGCUCUCUAUGUUUACAGACUUGCCAGUUUUAUUUUAUUUUGUUAAUAUUAAUUAAUUUCAGAAAUGGGCACAAUAAAAUCUAUGAUGAAAUGGAUUUUCUUAAUUCGUGUGCUCGAUCAUAUUUUGACAAAAAUUGUGUUUAAAAAUUGAUGAAUAAUAACAUGAAUGUUGCACAGCCUUAUGAUUAUGUGUUCUAAAAAUGUAUAUGUUUUCACGAAUAUGGUUGUACUAAAAUACAACAAAGACGUAUAGAAUUGACGUUUAGGCUAUUAUUGCUACUUCAGCUUGUUCUAACACCCCCGUCCCACGACCUUUGCAUAAUCUCUAACUCUAAUGUUGAUUACCAAAGUAAAAAUUCCAGCGAAAUAUAAACAGCAAUGCAGUAACUUGCUAAAUCUUGUGGGUAGGGUUUGAUCAGGGGUCGUUUAGAAAGACUGCACACAUCUGAAGUGAAUAUGGGUCAGGUAUUGUGGGACAUUGUGCUACGUAUGUGGGUGGGGGGAAGUAAUGGUUAUGUAUGGACAGGUCCAAAAUUUUGUAGCAUUGAACUACGUGAGUGUUUGUGGGGUGGAGGGGUCAGAUAGUGGGAGACGGGUCUAGAAUUUUGUGACAUUAUGUUAUAUAGAGUGGGGGGGAUGUUAGGAGAGAGAUCCAAAUUUUUGUAGCAUCAAGCUACGUGAGUGUGAGUGUGUGUGGGGGGUGUGGUAGGGGGUAAGAUAUUAGGAGAGGGGUCCCGAGCUGUGUGACAUUUUGCUAUAUAGAGGGGGGUAUGUAAGUAGAGAGGUCCAAAGUUUUGUAACAUAGAGCUACAUAUAAUCCCCCAUCACAGAGGGGUUAGGGGUUGGGUCAGGUAUUGAAUGAGGGGUCCGGAUUUAUGUUACAUUCAACAGUGUUGUUUUUUGUUGUUGUUUUUAAAGAACACUUUUAUAAAAAUAAUUUUAAUUUACGCUUUCGUUUUGGUUUUCUAUU